AUAUUUUUAUUUAAUGAUUCAAAUUUCGAAUACAUCUCUGUCAACUACUGUCUGAAUUUUGUAAAUACAACCAUGGUAUGAAAUUUAUGUGAGGUGAUAUGAUUAUAGAUAAGGUAGUGAUAAAUUUAUAAAGAGCGUCACAUCUUUGUUUCAUAUGUACAGUGAGGUGACAUCGAGUAAAGAACUUGUAAUUUACAAAAAAAUUAUAUAAUAAUCGUGAUAGGUUAACUUAAAGUUCUUUCCAUUUGGGGAAUUUUUCAUCACCAAUCCCUGUCCCAUCAUAUCAAUCGAGUGUCGGACAGAAGCGUCGUCGUUUCCGCAAACAGUCCGUUCGGAAUUGGGUGAAUUGUCAACCGAGUGACGAACCAGCUCGAAGAUGACCGACUCGUUUGAAAUUGUCAACAUAUCGGUAUUAUCGUAGUAAAACGUUUUUCGAAAACAAACUUUUAGUCAGUUUAUCUGUGAACGACGACAGUUGCAUGUGUGCCGUGAUCAGGUCUACUGUUACCUCCAGGCAUCGGAAAAUUAUCACGAGUGCUUCUGAGGAGGAACUUUGCAGUAGGAUUUACACGAUGUUUGGAGGCAGAUUAUGAAUUCUCAUGAGAAGUUUUAAUGAGGUGACGAGUAAUCAUAUAGCAAGUAUUGACAUUAUUACAUAUCUCUCAAAAGGACUAAUAAGGUAAUCAUCUAAUUGAUACCUAAGUGUGAAAUAAAUUUAGUAUGUUGUGGUUUAGAAUUUUAAAGGAUCCUACUUGAAAAUUAUGAUAACAAAGGUGAAUGUUGACAGUUUUGUUAUAUGCCGUGUUUAAAUCACGUAAUCCACACAUCCCCACUCUUUAAGAAACAAUAGCCUCAAUAUCGAUUGUUUACCGAACGAUAAAAUAGUCAGUCAGUCUACAUCAGCCGGCCAACUAUGAGAGACCUGGAUUCCGAACCGGAAUCAGUAGCCGAUUGUCUUGGAGGUGCUGGUUAUAGAAGUAUUCGAGUAAGGUACCGGCAAGAUAUCAGCAAUAUGGCUCCGAAACCGACAGAAAACAUGGUUUUAGGAAGAUCGAAAUCUAAAAGCCCGCCAAGGAUAUUGUCGAUGCAUGCGCAGCAGAUGAGAAUGGAACGAGGCUUUCGGAAACGACUGAAUUUUUCUUACAGCUCGAACUCCUUGAAAUCACUACAGAUGGUGUUGAACCAGGAAAGUUUACUUGCCCACAGACGUGCUUCACAACCAUUCGAUGCCUACGGUUCGAUCACUUCAAGAGACGCGUUUCCUGAUUCUUUGUCAUCCUUUUCAUCAUCCAGCAGUAUCGCGGAAGACGACGAGGACGAAAAUCAACUUGAACCAUUUAAUCAAAAGACAAAAGCGGACUUAAAUAAAAAGGAUAUUGACACAGCGGCUCAAGAUUUUGGAUUUGUGCAUUUGGAUGUUAAAGUGAACGAUUUAGUGCAUAAGAACAAUGGCAGACUAAAAAAUGGUGUGAAUAAAAAUAAUAAUCAUAGUGCAAAAACGAACGGUUCUAUAAAAACUGAUGUAGUUGAUUCUUCUAAAAUCAAAGAGACUAAAAAAUCUACUAUAAUGUCUAUUAAAUCUAAUGAACGAAGGAGUAUUUGUACAAAAUCUUAGUAAUCGGUGAAUUGGGCACAGGGAAAACUAGUAUAAUAAAA